GGAGGUCAAUUCUAUCGUAAAGUCGUGCUUGCGUGGAACUAACUAGCACACAACACUUCGCUUCCUAAACCCUAGCAAUGGCGGCGGCGAACCUGCUCUCGCGCUCCCUUCUCCCGACCCCAAACCCAACCCAAACGAGCCACCCGAACCGCCGGAGCCCCGCCGUCGUCUCAUUCCCCCGCCGCCAUGGCCGCCUGUCCGUGCGCGCCUCCGUCUCCACGGCCUCCCCGUCCCCACCGCCACAGCCCGCGGCGGCGGCGGCUGCCGGCGUGCCGAAGCACUGCUUCCGGCGCGGCGCCGACGGCUACCUGUACUGCGAGGGAGUGCGGGUGGAGGACGCGAUGGCGGCUGCCGAGCGCAGCCCCUUCUAUCUCUACAGCAAGCCUCAGAUCCUCCGCAACUUCGCCGCCUACCGCGACGCUCUCCAGGGGCUCCGCUCCAUCGUCGGGUAUGCCGUGAAGGCCAACAACAACCUCCCCGUGCUACGCGUCCUGCGUGAGCUUGGCUGCGGCGCCGUCCUCGUCAGCGGCAACGAGCUCCGACUCGCUCUCCAGGCGGGAUUCGACCCUGCCAGGUGUAUAUUUAACGGAAAUGGGAAGACAUUCGAAGAUCUUAAAUUAGCUGCUGAGAGUGGAGUAUUUGUAAAUGUGGAUAGCGAAUUUGAUUUGGAAAAUAUUGUCAGAGCUGCAAGGGCUACCGGAAAGAAAGUGCCUGUUUUGCUUAGAAUAAAUCCAGAUGUGGAUCCGCAGGUACAUCCGUAUGUUGCCACGGGAAAUAAAACGUCCAAGUUUGGGAUCCGCAAUGAGAAAUUGCAAUGGUUUUUGGACUCUAUCAAGUCAUACCCAGAUGAAAUCAAACUCGUUGGUGUUCAUUGCCAUCUGGGAUCUACUAUUACAAAGGUUGAUAUAUUCAGAGAUGCUGCAGUUCUUAUGGUGAAUUAUGUUGAUGAAAUUCGAGCACAAGGUUUUAAGUUGGAGUACCUGAAUAUUGGAGGUGGUUUGGGAAUAGAUUACCAUCAUACUGAUGCAGUCUUACCUACACCUAUGGAUCUUAUCAACACUGUGCGAGAGUUAGUUCUCUCACAAGAUCUUACUCUUAUUAUUGAACCUGGAAGAUCUUUGAUUGCUAAUACUUGCUGCUUCGUUAAUAGAGUAACUGGUGUUAAAUCUAAUGGUACAAAGAAUUUCAUUGUUGUUGAUGGCAGCAUGGCAGAACUCAUCAGACCUAGUCUGUAUGGAGCAUACCAGCAUAUCGAACUGGUCUCUCCCCCCACUCCUGGUGCCGAAGUAGCGACCUUCGAUAUUGUUGGACCAGUUUGUGAGUCUGCAGAUUUCCUUGGAAAAGAUAGGGAACUUCCAAAGCCUGAUGAGGGAGCUGGACUGGUUGUUCAUGACGCAGGUGCCUACUGCAUGAGCAUGGCUUCCACCUACAACCUGAAGUUGAGGCCGCCGGAGUACUGGGUGGAAGAGGAUGGUUCAAUCGUUAAGAUCAGGCAUGAGGAGAAGUUUGAUGACUACAUGAAGUUCUUUGAUGGCCUUCCUGCUUAGACGUUUAUCUGCAACUGCUACGGGCAAUGUUUUCUUGGGGAUAAUUGGAGUUUCUUUGUCAAGCUCAUUUUGCUUUCUUUUGGUUGUGGAAUGUGACUGGAUAGUUAGUUCGGUCUGUUGGUGUAUCCUCCUGAACUUCCCUGUCAUUGCUGUUAGUUUUGGCACCAAGUUUAUUCUCAAUUGCUAUUUAAGGAAUUUACUACAAAAGGGGCUGUUUGGUUGUAACCCUGCAGUAGGAUGCCUCGUUAGUAGUUAGGACCCAUGCCUGCAACCUGCCUGAGCGUGGUUUAGUUGGGACUGAAUAUAUUACCUGGUGAGACCGGCCUGCCUGCGAACUAAAUCUGUCACCUGGGCUCCCAUAUGAUACCAAAAUCUGUUGUAGGUUUAUAGUGUUAUGAUCUACCAGACAUCUUGGUUUUGACCAAGGUGACAGGCUCUGUCGUCGAUGUGAGUACAUGUUCUUUGGCUUUCCUGCUGUCAUUUUAGUUAGUUUUAUUUUAUUUAUGUUGUUUCAAUGGAGUAAUAAACAGACAUUUUCCAUUGUUGAAUGGAUUCAUUAUCGAUGUUCUGUUUUUUA